CAAUAUCUCACAGUUUCCCUCUCCAAUCCGUAACAACAACCAAAAAUAAAAGACAUCCCCCAAAGCUCAGCCAGUCCCUCUCAGUAUCUGAGCAAAUUAGCAACCUGCUAUAUCAAGGGGAUUCCACUGCUGCUCCUGGAGACCUGUCACUCUCCUCCACUCAGAUUCCAAGACAAACCCAGCCAAAGUGAUGGAUUUUUGGACAGUUUCAUUGAGGAUCCUGCUGUUCCCAUCAGCUUUGGGCUUCUGCUCUGAUCUCUUUCAUUCUGAAUGCUAUACUGUUAAUGGAGCGGACUACAGAGGAACACAAAACCAGACAUCGUUGGAUAAUGGGAAGCCAUGCCUUUUCUGGAAUGAGACUUUCCAGCAUCCAUACAAUACGUUAAAAUACCCCAAUGGUGAGGGAGGUUUGGGAGAUCACAACUACUGCAGAAACCCAGAUGGCGAUGUCAGUCCCUGGUGUUACAUAUCCGAGAAUGAGGAUAGUGUGUACUGGAAGUAUUGUGACAUUCCAACCUGCAGAAUGCCUGGCAAUCUCGGCUGCUUCAAAGACCACGGGAAUCCCCCGCCAUUAACUGGCAUCACAGAAACAUCCAACAAACAGACCAUACAAACCUGCAUAAGCAUGUGUCGGAGACAGCGAUACAAGUUUGCCGGGCUUGAGUCCGGAUUUGCCUGCUUCUGCGGUAACAAUGCAGAUUACCGGAAACACGGGGAGACUCCAAGCACGGAUUGCAACAGUGUAUGUUUUGGGGAUCACACACAGCCGUGUGGUGGAGAUGGACGAAUUAUCCUGUUUGACUCACUGGUUGGAGCCUGCGGUGGAAAUUAUACCAUGGAUUCUGCUGUAAUUUACUCUCCAGACUUCCCAGACACUUACGGAACAGGAAAAGUUUGCUAUUGGACAAUUCAGGUCCCUGGAGCAACUGUAUUCCAUUUUAAUUUCACCUUUUUUGAUAUUAAGGACUCCAGGGAUAUGGUUGAGUUUUUGGACGGUUACACAAAGCAGGUUUUGGUGCGGUUUGAUGGCAGAAACCAUCCAUCUCACUCCUUCAACAUAUCUCUUGAUUUUGUCAUUCUCUAUUUCUUCUCUGAUCGCGUCAAUCAAGCACAAGGUUUUGCUCUGGUUUACCAAGCAUUCAAGGACCAGGCUUUUGAGAAGCCAAAAACCCUCAUCAAUCAGACACAAACAGAGCUGAUCACACAAACAACCAACCUUAGCAUCAACGCAGCUCGGUCUUCAAAGAUCCUGUAUGUGAUAACUACCAGUCCAAGCCGGCCAACUGGGCACAUGCCAGGGUGGACAGUCUAUGCACUUACAGCACUUCUAAUUCUGACCAUAGUUGCCAUAUUGACUAAAGCACUGUUGCACAUAACCAUGAAAUCUCCUAGGUUAUCAUCUCCGACUAGCUUGGACAGUUGUCAUCGAGGGUCUACAGGAGAAAUCUGGAGCAUAUUCUACAAGCCUGCCACGUCAAUUUCUAUCUUCCCAAAGAAAAUUAAGAGUCCACACGAUGACCGCAAUCCUUUGGUAGGAGAAUAAAAUGCACUUUUGAAGACUUUUUAACACCACAGGGCUACCUUAGGAAACUCGUGUCACUUCUGUUGCUUGACAUCUGUCAAUAAAAAAAAAAAGAAA